AUGUCUAACUUACAUAAGCUUCAUUUAUUCAAUGCCUGCAUCAAAUCUGUGCUGCUAUACAGUUGCGAGACCUGGAAAAACACAGAUGGACUGAUAAACAAAUUUCAGGUCUUUGUGAACAAAUGUCUGCGACGAAUUCUGAGACUGUUCUGGCCAAACUCGCCAACUAAUGAAGAACUACUGCGCGCCUCCAAGCAAGAAAAAAUAGACACUGAAAUCCGCCGCAGAAAAUGGAAAUGGAUCGGCCAUACUCUGAGAAAAGAUCCGCAUAACAUAACUCGCAUGGCCAUGGAAUACAAUCCGCAAGGAAAGCGCAAAACAGGAAGAUCUGCCAUGUCUUGGAGGAGAACAAUAGAUAACGAAAUCAAAUCUAUUGGAAAAUGCUGGACAGAAAUAAAAACGAUUGACCAAAAUAGAAUACUCAGUUUCCUCAUAGAUGGAUUGGAAGAAGAGGUGAAAUCGAGUGGCCUGCUAGAUCCCCUGAUCUGA